AUGGACGUCCGGUUAGACGGAAUUCGUCGCAGCAAAUCUCUUCUCAGAGGGAGCGACGUGCCACUGACGCCUUCUACGGUUCAUCGACUUCCAACUUGUUCUGGUGCUGUUGUGGUGGCAACUCAUGUGCGAGAACAGCGCACGCCGGUGCAGAGGGCUCGCGAGGCAGCAAUAAUGAACCAGUGUAACGAAAUGCUGCGCAACGCUAAUUCCUUGGAUCAGAAUGGUAGACAGCUAGUAAUAGCAUUUAUGACUGGAAACAAAUGUAAUCCUCGUCCUGAACUUGGGCAUAUAAUUACCAUGAAACUUUCGGAGACGAUUGAAGACGGCCUGGCAGAUAAUCAGAUCUGUAAGAUGAAGGUAGAAACUUUUUUUCAGAUGGAUUAUCAAAGUGGGGAGUGGAAGCGACUUCGCAAAUGUCGAUUACUUCAACCACAUGAGUUGGAAAACAACAGUGAGCAGUACAUGUAUAUUUCCAAUGAGGAUUAUCAUAACCAAGCGCAACAACAGCCGACGUAA